AUGGCGGAGACUCGGCGCUACGCACUCAAUGCUCAAUUAGAUAUUGGGCAGAUACUUUUGGAAGCACAACACCGCUGGCUUCGUCCUACUGAGAUUUGUGAAAUUCUUAGUAAUUAUAAAAAAUUCCACAUUACUCCGGAGCCUCCUAGUAGACCUGCAAGUGGUUCCCUUUUUCUUUUUGACCGGAAGGUGCUGAGGUACUUCCGGAAAGAUGGUCAUAAUUGGAGGAAGAAGAAAGAUGGAAAGACAGUGAAGGAGGCUCAUGAAAGGCUCAAGGCUGGAAGCGUUGAUGUAUUGCAUUGCUACUAUGCCCAUGGAGAAGAUGAUGAAAAUUUUCAAAGGCGUAGCUACUGGAUGCUUGAAGAGGAGCUAUCUCACAUAGUUCUUGUACACUACCGGGACGUAAAGGGAAACAGAACAAAUUUCAAUCGCAAUAGGGAGGCUGAAGUUAUUCGUGGUAGCCAAGAAACUGAAGAAGAUAUACCCAAUUCUGAGGUGGAUAGCCCUGAAUCUUCGAAGUUUUACCGAUGUGAUUAUCGAGGAACAUCACAAGUUACAGAUACUACUAGCCUGAACAGUGCUCAGGCUUCAGAGUACGAAGAUGCUGAAUCAGCAUACCGCCACCAAGCAAGUCCAGGAUUCCAGUCUUUUAAUGAGUUACAGUCCCCUGUGAUACAGAAUUUGGGAGAUAGUUCUGUUCCUUAUUUUCCAGUCCCUACACCAAAUAAUUAUCAAGGACAACUUACAGCUAGUGCUGUUAUGACUUUUGAAUCAGUCACAGGAGAGAGAGUUACAACCCCCAUGGAUAAUGGUUUGGCACAUGAGAUUCACCAAGACCUUGAUUUCCCAUCUUGGGAAAAUGUCAAGGAAAGCAGUACCGCAGGCUAUGAGUCUCUCAAUGUUCAGCCAUCCAUUUCUUCGUCCCAACCUAGUAUGAUGAGCAUGAUGCUGGGCCAAGAAUAUGAACUCCUGGGGCAAGUUUUUGAUGGUGCUUUUGGUAAAAAGCCGGACUUUGGAAGCAAUCUGGGCGGCUUUGAAGAGUGGCAGACUACUGAACGUGAUUCUGCACACUUACCUUGGUCUAUGGUUCAUAAGUUGCAUCGGGAUUCUGGAUAUGAUACUGCUUCCAACCAAAAUAGUGUUAAACACAUUGAGCUGCAUGACUCCAUGGGGCCUAAUGAUACUUAUCCAGCUGAACAAAGUGAACAUCCCGUACAGAAUCUUCAAAUGCAAUCUUUGAAUCUGGAAGUAGGAAGUUCCCUAAAAUCAGAGUCAGAUGGCAACCUGAAUAUGGAAAACAAGGCCAAUUAUCCAGCCUUAAGACAACCUCGUGUAGAUGGUGUUUUAAGAGAAGAACUGAGAAAGCUUGACAGCUUUGACCGCUGGAUGAGUAAAGAACUUGGAGAUGUUACAGAGUCACAUAUGCAGCCUAGCUCAGGGGCAUACUGGGAGACUGUUGACAGAGAAGUUGGAGUGGAUGAUUCUGGCAUCUCUGCUCAAGUGCCCUUGGAUAACUACAUAUUAGGCCCCUCUCUCUCCCAAGAUCAGCUGUUUAGCAUUAUAGAUUUCUCGCCAAGCUGGGCAUAUGCUGGUUCAGAAAAUAAGGUGCUUAUUAUGGGAAGAUUCUUAAAGAGUCAAGAAGAGGUGGAGAAGUGUAAAUGGGCAUGCAUGUUUGGUGAACUGGAAGUUCCUGCAGAGGUUAUAACAGAUUCUGUUCUUCGUUGCCAUACUCCCUUGCAUGGGAGUGGAAGGGUUCCAUUUUACAUAACAUGUUCGAACAGGUUAGCAUGCAGUGAAGUGCGAGAAUUUGAAUUCCGGAAUAGCGCCGUUCAAGACAUGGAUGUUACCAAAUUAGGAAGUUCCAACUCUGACGAAACUCUUCUACACAUGAGAUUUGGGAAAUUGUUGUCUCUGGGAUCUUUCACCCCCCAAACUUCUCGUGUCAAUAGCGAAGCUGAAAAUUCUGAUUUGUGCAGUAAAAUCAGUGCAUUACUGAAUGAUGAAGCUGAGUGGGAACAAAUGUUAAUUACCACACAGGAUGAAUUCUCACCAGAGAAGAUAAAGGAUCAGCUACUGCAAAAGCUUUUAAAGGAGAAGUUGCAUUAUUGGCUUCUCCAGAAGGUCACUGAAGGUGGAAAAGGCCCCAGUCUUUUAGAUGAAGGUGGUCAAGGUGUGUUGCAUUUUGCAGCUGCUUUAGGUUAUUACUGGGCUAUACCACCCACAAUAGCUGCAGGUGUUAGCGUCGAUUUCCGGGAUGCAAAUGGAUGGACGGCGCUACACUGGGCGGCAUAUUAUGGCAGAGAGCGUACAGUGGCUUUCCUGAUCUCCCUAGGCUCAGCUCCAGGAGCAUUGACGGAUCCCACCCCCAAAUACCCUUCUGGAAGAACUCCUGCAGACCUAGCAUCCAGCAAUGGACACAAAGGAAUUGCCGGUUAUCUUGCGGAAUCUGCCUUGAGCUACCACCUAUUUUUGCUUAACUUGAAGGAAACCAAAGAGGGUGAUAGAGGAGAAAGGGCUGUAGAAACAGUUUCUGAGCGGACUGCUACUCCAGUCGAUUAUGGUGACUUGCCGCAUGGCUUGUCAAUGAAAGACUCAUUAGCUGCUGUGCGAAAUGCAACUCAAGCUGCAACUCGAAUUUAUCAAGUCUUCAGAGUGCAAUCCUUUCAGCGAAAGCAGCUAAAAGAGUAUGGGGAUGGUAAAUUAGGAAUGUCAGAUGAACGUGCUCUUUCACUUCUAGCUGUAAAAACCAGCAGGUCAGGACCACACGAUAAACCAACUGCUGCAGCUAUACGGAUACAAAAUAAAUUCCGCAGUUGGAAAGGAAGAAAGGAGUUUUUGCUAAUCCGGCAGCGAGUUAUUAAAAUUCAGGCCCAUGUGAGAGGACACCAGGUGAGGAAGAACUAUAAAAAGAUAAUCUGGUCUGUCGGAAUUUUGGAUAAGGUCAUUUUGCGUUGGCGACGAAAAGGACGGGGACUGAGUGGAUUCAAACCCGAAUCACCUGCUGCAGGCACUAGCAUGCAACUAACAGAAGCAAAGGAGGAUGAGUACGAUUUCUUUAAAGAAGGUAGAAAGCAAACAGAGGAGAGAUUGACUAAGGCUCUAGCCAGGGUGAAAUCCAUGGUUCAAUAUCCAGAGGCUCGAGAUCAAUAUCGCAGAUUACUGAAUGUUGUCUCAGAGAUGCAGGAAAAAAAGGCUGGUUGUGACAAGAUCUUGAACAAUCCAGAAGCUGAUUUUGAUGAUGAUUUGAUCAACCUUGAAGCCUUGUUGGAUGAAGACACCUCCAUGCCUAUGGCAUCUUAA